UUUUUAAAUGGUUGCGAAAUUGGUAGCAUAGAUAGGAGGCACUGUGCGUCCUAACUUGUAUCAAGUUUUGCUUAUACCAUAAAACUUUGUUAGAAUUUGUGACGAUAAUACAAGCGUUUAAACCUAUGUACACAUACGUGUGAAAUAUAAGAAGUUUAAUUUCUUCAGAAAUAGAUUUAAUAGGAACACAUUUCAUUUAAUUUUCAAGUAAUUGAAAUGAAGACUGGAUUAAUAUGAAUGUCAGAACAAUGGUUCUUACGAUUAUAGAAUGGAAGUAACCCAUUUAUUUAUUGUGAUAUGUCUAUCUUAUAUUCAGGAAAUAAGUUGUAAUUGUGGAGGUAAAAGUGAUGGUUCUCAGUCGGAAUCAUGUUGGUACACCUUCUGGUAUAUAUGGGUGGCGUUAGCUUUAUUUGUAGCUGUUUUAAUUACAAUAAUGGUAUUCUAUUACAAACACAAAUCUCGACAUCGGACACGAGUACGAAGAUUGUCAGCUGCUAGACCACAGAAUCCACCACCUUAUUCCGUCCCUAGUCAACUACCACCUUCAUAUGAUGAUGCUAUUAAAGAUAGUCUUCCCGUUCCACCGGGUUAUGUAACAGAUUACAGAUUAAUAAGUCAAUAUCAUAAUAAUCGAGGACAAAGUGAUGUCAGUACAAUAUCAUAUCCUCCAUCAUAUAUAGAAGGUCCAGUACAGCAACCCCCGCGACAACAACUGACCAGUCAACAACGACCCACACGGAAUUCAGUUAACCCUCCCAGGCAACAACCACCUCCGCCAAGGAACCAAGUUCCGCCCCAAAGCCAGCAAGUUCAUACAGGACGAGUUCAGGUUCAGUCUCAAAGACAACAUGUCCCAACAGGAGUAACACAGCCACAACAACCCAUUCCUAGGUGAUUUGACGGUUUGUCACUUCGGUCAGGGAUUGAAACAGAUUUUAAAAUGAAACAACGAGGACUUAUGUUAUGACGCCUGCUGACCAUUGCAUUUCUGUGAUAGAACUUAAAGUAUUUAAUUUUUUAAUGAUUGAAAGUAUUUAAUUGUUCAAUAAUUAUCAAUAAAAAUUUUAUAAAUUGUUGAUUAUGGAAGUCUUUUUUUUAAAAAAAGCUUAUUGUAAAAAUAAUUAUGUGAAAUUCGUGCAUUUUAAUCAAUCAGAGUUAAGUUAUGUAUAUAUACAAUGUAGAAGAACAACCCACCAACUUUGGAACAUUAGUUAAUGCUAUGUGGACAUUGGACUAAAACACAUUGCCUUAUUAUACAAUUGGCGAUUUGUAGAUACAAUUGCCAUGUUAUGCAUAGAUAAGUAGCAUUUCUUAUUAUCGAAAUAAUUCACUUGGUUUUUUUUCUAUUUUUUUAUUUUUUUUUUAUUGUGUUGAGUGUAAUCAAAUAUGUUUUCAAAUCGUUUUUUUAUUUAUUACGUUAUUCAGUUGAUAUUCGAAUGUAACUAUUUAAUUAAGUUUAUUAAACCUGUCUUUUGAUUUCUGUGUAGUAUUAUAAACGUGAUUUUUUUUAUGCGAUGGUCUUGAAACUGUUGGACCAUUUAAGGUCGUACUUAUUUUGAUUUUAUUUAAAUCUUUCGAUUGCAUUUAAGUUAGAUAGUGAAUUAUGGACAAACAGAAAGUAUUAUUUUUAGAGACAUGUAUUUUGUUUUAUAUAAAUGUGUUUCUUUAACUAGUCAUUUUCUCUUUUCCCAUUCAUAUCUAGUUUUAAAAACAAAAACUCAUCAAAGAUACCAGACUUAUAAUUUGGUACGCCAGACGCGUAUUAUUGUAUCAAAAUGUCAAUGAUUUCAAAAAAAGUGUCUUUGAAAUUAUCUUCACGCGAAAUAAUGCUAACCAGUAGAAAUAUCUCAAAUUCGCCGCUUCAGAAUCAAGAGGACUCUGGGUAAUUUCAUUGCGUGAAAAUAACGUCACGUCAUUAGAUGAAUUUCCUUUGUUUAAUGCUAUUUUAACCAAUCACAACAUUUUGGUGUACGCAUUCGGAAAUAUUACGAAAAGUGCAUUAGAUUCUGUAACGGCUAAUUAAUGAGUAUCUUUCUGAUACGUAUUUUUUAGAUUUUUUUUUUUGCUGCAAUAUUUGUAAAUAUAAGAAUGUUAAGAAAAGAUGUGAAAACAUAAGGUCAAAUGAUCUUUAUAACUUUUAAACAUUACGGAGCCUAAAAUAUAUGUUCUUGAAAAAAGCAACCUUACGUAGUCAAGGUUUUUGAUCUCGCAUCCUUUAAAAAGUGUAUCCAUUUUCAUGUUUCCCCAACAUCAUAUUGAUUGAAGUAUAAAAUUAAAGAUAUAUACUCUGUGAUACUUUUAUUGUUAAAGUUUUUUUUAUGGUAUAGUUUAUGUAACUUUUACAUUUAUGAAAGUUUUUGCACGUUAAGCGUUACAUUAAAUGGUGAAGUGAAAUGCUUUAGAAGGUGUACUUAAAGUACAUUGUAGCGCAGUUCAGUUUUAUCGUUUUAUUGUAAGAUUAUUAUCUACGAUGCAUUUAUUCGUUAAUAAUUGUUGAUUCAUUUUCUUGUUGAUUUUCAUAUAUUUGUGAAGAACAAAGAUAUUUUUCUAUUAAAGUUUACAAAAAUCCUUA